AUGAGCAGCCACAACCCGGAACAGAGAGCGGAAAAGAAGCGACGCAAACAGCUCAAAAAGCACAACUCCAAGACCAAACAGCAGCAGGAUAAGCUGAAGAGACAUACUAAAAAGCGACUCAAGAUGUCAACGGGCAACAUUAGCUUCGACUAUCGGCUGUUCCUGUACCGCCAGGAGUUACGUCGAUCGAGUACGAACUACUCAUACCUGCGUCUGUCCCGCGCCAAGAUCAUGUUGACCGCCGAGCUAAUAGCCAAGAAUAUGUGCAGCUAUAACAAGAUGUGCAGCGUCGACGAUCUCAAGAUGCUCAGUCGCGAGGUGCAGUUCAAGAAGCGGCUGUGCAACCAAGUUGAGCGCCUCGAACAGUUCCAGGAGCUGGGACUCACAGACGUCGUGCUCAAUGGCAAGCGAACGGCGCUCUAG